AUGUCUGCUCAGAGGUCGCCAGGUCUGGUCAGAGGUCGCCAGGUCUGCUCAGAGGUCGCCAUGUCUGCUCAGAGGUCGCCAGGUCUGCUCAGAGGUUGCCAGGUCUGCUCAGAGGUCGCCAUGUCUGCUCAGAGGUUGCCUGGUCUGCUCAGAGGUCGAGUCGCCAGGUCUGCUCAGAGGUCGCCAGGUCUGGUCAGAGGUUGCUCAGAGGUCGCCAGGUCUGCUCAGAGGUCGAGUCGCCAGGUCUGCUCAGAGGUCGCCAGGUCUGGUCAGAGGUUGCUCAGAGGUCGCCAGGUCUGCUCAGAAGUCGCCAUGUCUGCUCAGAGGUUGCCAGGUCUGCUCAGAGGUCGCCAGGUCUGCUCAGAGGUCGCCAGGUCUGCUCAGAGGUCGCCAGGUCUGCUCAGAGGUCGCCAUGUCUGCUCAGAGGUUGCCAUGUCUGCUCAGAGGUCGCCAUGUCUGCUCAGAGGUCGCCAUGUCUGCUCAGAGGUCGCCAGGUCUGGUCAGAGGUUGCCAGGUCUGCUCAGAGGUUGCCAGGUCUGCUCAGAGGUCGCCAGGUCUGCUCAGAGGUCGCCAUGUCUGUUCAGAGGUCGCCAGGUCUGCUCAGAGGUCGCCAUGUCUGCUCAGAGGUCGCCAGGUCUGCUCAGAGGUCGCCAGGUCUGCUCAGAGGUCGCCAGGUCUGCUCAGAGGUCGCCAGGUCUGCUCAGAGGUCGCCAGGUCUGCUCAGAGGUCGCCAGGUCUGCUCAGAGGUCGCCAGGUCUGCUCAGAGGUCACCAGGUCUGCUCAGAGGUCGCCUGGUCUGCUCAGAGGUUGCCAGGUCUGCUCAGAGGUCGCCAGGUCUGGUCAGAGGUUGCUCAGAGGUCGCCAGGUCUGCUCAGAGGUCGCCAUGUCUGCUCAGAGGUCGCCAUGUCUGCUCAGAGGUCGCCAGGUCUGGUCAGAGGUCGCCAGGUCUGCUCAGAGGUCGCCAUGUCUGCUCAGAGGUCGCCAUGUCUGCUCAGAGGUCGCCAGGUCUGGUCAGAGGUCACCAUGUCUGCUCAGAGGUCGCCAGGUUUGCUCAGAGGUCGCCAGGUCUGCUCAGAGGUCGCCAGGUCUGCUCAGAGGUCGCCAGGUCUGCUCAGAGGUCGCCAGGUCUGGUCAGAGAUUGCCAGGUCUGCUCAGAGGUCGCCAGGUCUGCUCAGAGGUCGCCAUGUCUGCUCAGAGGUCGCCAAGUCUGCUCAGAGGUCGCCAUGUCUGCUCAGAGGUUGCCAGGUCUGGUCAGAGGUCGCCAGGUCUGCUCAGAGGUCGCCAGGUCUGCUCAGAGGUUGCCAUGUCUGCUCAGAGGUUGCCAGGUCUGGUCAGAGGUCACCAUGUCUGGUCAGAGGUCACCAGGUCUGGUCAGAGGUCACCAUGUCUGCUCAGAGGUUGCCAGGUCUGCUCAGAGGUCGCCAGGUCUGCUCAGAGGUCGCCAGGUCUGCUCAGAGGUCGCCAGGUCUGGUCAGAGGUUGCUCAGAGGUUGCCAGGUCUGCUCAGAGGUCGCCAUGUCUGCUCAGAGGUCGCCAUGUCUGCUCAGAGGUCGCCAUGUCUGCUCAGAGGUCGCCAUGUCUGCUCAGAGGUCGCCAUGUCUGCUCAGAGGUCGCCAUGUCUGCUCAGAGGUCGCCAGGUCUGCUCAGAGGUCGCCAUGUCUGCUCAGAGGUUGCCAGGUCUGCUCAGAGGUCGCCAGGUCUGCUCAAAGGUCGCCAUGUCUGCUCAGAGGUCGCCAUGUCUUCUCAGAGGUCGCCAGGUCUGGUCAGAGGUCGCCAGGUCUGCUCAGAGGUCGCCAGAGGACCUCACCAUGAACUUCACCAUGAACUUCACAGUGGACCUCACGUGGACCUCACAGAGGACCUCACCUUGGACCUCACCAUGAACCUCACCGUGAACCUCACCAUGAACCUCACCAUGAACCUCACCAUGAACCUCACCGUGAACCUCACCAUGAACCUCACCAUGAACCUCACCGUGAACCUCACCAUGAACCUCACCAUGAACCUCACCAUGAACCUCACCAUGAACCUCACCGUGAACCUCACCGUGAACCUCACCAUGAACCUCACCGUGAACCUCACCAUGAACCUCACCAUGAACCUCACCGUGAACCUCACCAUGAACCUCACCAUGAACCUCACCAUGAACCUCACCAUGAACCUCACCGUGAACCUCACCGUGAACCUCACCGUGAACCUCACCAUGAACCUCACCAUGAACCUCACCAUGAACCUCACCGUGGACCUCACCGUGGACCUCACGUGGACCUCACAGAGGACCUCACCUUGGACCUCACCCUGA